AUGACAGUAGUGGAUGAAGAUAGAGGCGGAUUGUUCUUCUUAUAUGGUUAUGGAGGAACUGGCAAGACAUUUAUUUGGAGGUCUUUAUCUUCUGGCAUACGGUCUAGAGGAGAUAUUGUGUUAACUGUUGCAUCAAAUGGGAUUGCAUCUAUUUUGUUACCAGGAGGUCAAACUGCUCAUUCAAGAUUUGUAAUUCCCCUCAAUCCAACCGAAGAUGCCACUUGCAAUAUAAAGCUAGAGAGGAAAUUAGUUAGGGGCACAUUUAGAAGAGUUAAAAGAGUUUUCAGAUUGGAUUUGGCAAUUGGUGAUGAAAAAAUUAGAAGUUCCGUUGAUGGAAUUGAAAAGGUCCGAUUGCCUAAUGAUAUUCUCAUACAUAAUUAUGAUGAUCCAAUAGCUGCAAUUGUCGAAAGUACUUAUCCUGAUUUUCUCAGCCUUUCUAAUGACAUAAAAUACCUCUAG